AUGAAGCAUGAGGAAGAAUUCAGGAAAACUGAUGGAGCUAACAAGGUUGAUGAGUACCUCUAUGGAAGCUUUAUUGAUUGCCUAACUGAAUUGUGCCACGCUUCAGUUGAUGACAUAAAAAUAGCUGGUAGCAAUGCCUGCGAGAUCACAAUGUUUCAUCAAGAAGAUGCUGGUUUGAAUAUGGAGAUGGCUAAACUGGCUUUUCGCAAGGGCAUAUGGAGCUAUAUAUGCAAGAUGGAUAAUGCACUUCGAAGAUACUCUGUUGUAAACUAUCAUUUAUCAAAUUCAGUUACCACUUCAGUUAAUUUAAUGCAGAAGGUACCGGCUUGCUUGGACCCUAUCACGAGUAACAUAUCUCCAGGACAUCCUACCGUCUUCCAUGAUCAAUUUACUGAUGAAUCUCAAAAGCGGGUGAUCCUAAGAAGGCCAUCUAGAAAGUUUCUAGCCAAUAGUUUGCUGCUUCUAGGAGGUGCUACUGCUAUAUGCCUGUCUCGUAGUCAUUCUAGCCUAGGUGUUAAAGUUGCCAUGGCAUACAUUUUAACAAAACUUAUAGCCUGCGUUGAUAGUGAGUUGUCUUUCUUUGUUUGGGGUUUGGUUGUUGUUGGAAUGAAAAUGCACCACAACCUUAUCCUUGCAAGGUUGUGGCUUGCUUUGCUUGCGGUCUCAACCACCUCAGUUCAUUGCAAAACCUCCUCCGAAGAUGUCUCAGCCCUUAAUGCGAUGUAUUCCAGCUUAAAUUCCCCUUCAAAGCUUAGUGGUUGGAAAUCAAGUGGAGGUGAUCCUUGUGGUGACUCAUGGGAAGGAAUUAAAUGCUCAGGCUCUUCUGUCUCAGAAAUAAAUUUGUCAGACAUGGGACUCACUGGAUCAAUGGGCUACCAGUUGUCCAGCUUAUCAUCAUACAGUGAUUUGAGCAACAACAACCUCAAGGGUGAUAUACCAUAUCAACUUCCUCCAAAUGCUCGUCAUAUGCAACCUGCAUUUGAUUGGCGUCGUAUGUUUGUCAACAAUAAUUCUGUUAUCUGGUCAUGCAGAGAUCUUUCUAAGAAUUCCUUCACCGGAAGUAUACCUUAUUCCUUUUCUCAGAUGGGUGACCUCAACUACCUAAAUCUUGCACAUAAUCAGCUUAAAAACCAGUUGGGAGAAAUAUUUGACAAGCUCAGUAAACUCAAACAACUGAAUGUCGAAAACAACAAAUUUACUGGUUGGAUUCCUGACGAGUUGAAGAAUAUAAAGAAAUUGCAAACUGGAGGAAACUCAUGGUCAAGGGGAGAAGCACCUCCUCCUCCUCCUGGUACUCCCCCUAUCAACGAUUCCAAGAAAAAGAAAGAUAAACAGGUUAUUGGUGGAGUAGCUAUAGCAGCCAUAGUUUUUGGCAUACUGGCAGUAAUUAUAAUUGUUCUUGCUGUUUGUAAAAGAAGGUCGUCGACAUCUUCUUCACACUUUAUCGAUGAAGAGAGGCGUAGCCAGAAUAAAUCUUUAACACCCCAUGCAUCUCAGGAGUUAUCAAAAGUUUCGGAUUCUGAUGUCAACAAAGAAUUCAAAGGAUUUAACUCAUUGCGUUCCACAUCAAUUGACGUAAAGGCUUUGCAAAAAUCUCCGUCAAUUAGUGUUAGAUCGUCAGUCUCCGAUUGUGUGCAAUCCUUUAACAACAAUGAGUUUGCGAAUCGUCUAAAUUCUAGAAGUACAUCAUUCCGUGCUACUACUUUUUCACUGGAAGAGUUGCACUCUGCUACUGCUAAUUUUGCUUCAGGUCGACUCCUUGGUGAAGGAUCCAUAGGAUGCGUUUAUCGAGCUAAAUAUGCAGACGGAAAGGUAUUGGCUGUAAAAAAAAUCAACCCUUCGCUUUUCCAUGGUAAUCCUACUGAGGAAUUCUCUCAGAUUGUUUCAAACCUCAGCCAAAUUCGCCACCCAAAUAUCGUUGAGCUUGUCGGUUAUUGUUCAGAACAGGAGCACAUGUUAAUAUAUGAUUAUUUCAGAAACGGUUCUCUCCAUGGCUUUUUACACUUAUCAGACGAUUUCAGCAAACCACUCACUUGGAACACAAGAGUCAGAAUUGCAUUGGGAACAGCUCGGGCUAUUGAGUACCUCCAUGAAAUUUGUUCUCCUCCUAUCUUGCAUAAGAAUAUCAAGUCCUCGAAUAUUUUUCUUGACACGGAUCUGAAUCCUCGUCUCUCAGACUAUGGUUUGGCAUCCUUCCACCAGCGUACUAGCCAAAAUCUUGGGGUAGGAUAUAAUGCACCAGAAUGCACAAAACCUUCAGCCUUUACACAGAAAAGUGAUGUAUACAGUUUUGGGGUAGUGAUGCUGGAACUUUUGACGGGUCGAAUGCCUUUAGACAGUUCAAGGCCGAAGGCAGAACAAUGUCUUGUUCGUUGGGCAACCCCACUUCUUCACGACAUUAAUGCGGUGGAGAAAAUGGUGGACCCUGCCUUGCGGGGGCUUUACCCUCCUAAGUCACUCUUCCGAUUUGCUGAUGUCAUCGCUCUCUCUGUUCAGUCUGAGCCUGAAUUUCGGCCACCUGUGUCAGAGUUAGUUCAGGCUUUAGUGAGAUUAGUUCAGCGCCCAAGUAUGACAAUGAGGGAGGAUUUUGAGUGA